AUGAGUCAUAAUUGUGUUACAAUUCAAAAGGUUGAAAAUCAAUCUCAUCGAAUAUGGCGUUAUCAACGUUUUCUACUUGUUACGGAAUAUUAUAAUAAACCACCAUUACCACCACCACCAUUUAAUAUUGCCAGUGAAACUUUAGUAAUGAAUUCCAUUGAUUCAAAUGAAAAUAAUAUUCGAGAAAAAUUUAAAAUUAAUGAUGUAAUGCAACGUGAAAGUGCAAUAGCUGCUGGCUAUUUGAAUCAUACGUUAAAACAUGGGAAGAAAAAUCAUAUUGAAGUUGCUUUACAAAAUAUUGAACGAAGACUUCAUGAUUUGCAUGAACGAAUACAUAAUGAUAAUCAAGUAUUAAGUUAUGAUCAACAAUGGUUUUCACCUGAUGCUUAA